ACUUUAUAAAGUCGAUUAAAGCUUGCAUAGGGUAAUUUCAGGUGAAAUCAUCAGUGCCUUUAAAUAUUGCCACAUUGUGUAAUAGUUUUGUCGAUUUGGAUUGUAUUCCUCCAAAUAAACCCCAGUCUAAACUAAUUAUUUAAUUUUUUUUUUGAUUGGCGAAACCAAUUUUGUGACAAAUGUUUUUAAGAUUUGUGGAAACAAAAGCAAAUUAUUGGAACAAUAGUGCUUAGGAUUACGACCAAUUUGGGCAAAUCAUAAUAAUGAAUCGGACUUUGUCCUAGUGUAAGCAUAGUUAGCAUUCAAAAAUUUACGUAACUUUCUCGAGACGGACUGAUUGGUGGAAGGAGAACAAUUCUGACUGACCUCCGGACAAAUUGUUUGUCGGUGUACGAAAUAAAUGUACGGCAAACAUUGAAUCAAUUGAUUCACAUUCCAGGAGUUUCACCGGUAUUAAUGACACAUGACAUGAAACACCGAAGUGCUCAAUUUCACCUUCUGGUCAAAUCCUCGGGGAUUUAAUAAAUGAGGACUGCACUGUACCAACUUCCGAACGUUUAAUUAUUUUGUGGUUAUUCCUGUUUUGGAUUUUUUAGUUCAAAGAUGUAUUGUAAAAUAUAUUACCUAAUCUUCGCGCUCGCCUCGGUCGUCGCAGUUCAUCCAAUAGAGAAAAAACCUGAGACGAACGACGCCUUUUCAAUAAAACAGGUAGUACCACAGGAGAAAAUAUGGGUCAAACAACUGAUAACCCGGGCACUACUGGAGUUUGUACCUCGAGGAGUGGACCCGAACAGCCUUUGUACCGAGCAUGGGAGAGCCUACGUCAACGACCUGGGACGUUUAAGCCUCUGGGCUGUCCAAAUGGCAGAUGCAACCAGCGCAGGGCCGAACGGGCUCGUGACGGGCAACAUAUACCAAUUGGGCUCGUUUGAUCAAUGCGUACAAAUUGACGUACCUGAGCACGACAUCAAAGGGCGAUACUUCAUGGGCCGGCUUCAUUUCGCACCCACCAGUACCGAAUAUCCGACAUUUUUCAAUGACGUGAAGGAAGUUUUUGAGCUACAGGGACAAAACUCUUCCAUAUGGGAAACCUUCAAGCAUAACACAGACAAAAGGACUAUUGAUAUGAACGUGGCACAGUUCGCAAUCUGCGCACCUCACUCGUGCAUGGAAGAAGACGUGAAGACAUCGUUAGAGGCUACACUCUCGUCGUACAAGUACGAAAUCCAGGUGGACGUCACUGUCAACAAGCUCUUCACCUAUUCUAGAGCGGAUUUGGAAAAGUCCGGCUAUCCGAUUGGAUUUUACAUCUUCGUGGGGACGACUGUGAUUUUGGUAUGUCUGGUAACACUCUCGACCGUGUACGAGCUGUGGUGCUGCAGACUGGAAGACACGCCGAUCGGGAAAGAGUUUGAGUUGAAGUUGGAGGAACGUGAAGGGCCUUCAGUGCUGCUUGGCUGUCUGAAAUCUUUUAAUCCUUUUUUUAAGAAUUGUACCAGUGUUUUCUAUUCCAUAGAUCUCAGCUUGGAAAGUUCGUGGUAUUCCUGGCAUUCUCAUUUUUCCAUUAUAAGAAACCUGAGAAAACUCGUGAAUCCUUCUGUAGGAGAGUUCAGCUCAUUGUGCGGCCUAAAAGUAUUAUCUAUGUUCGUUAUAAUAUAUGGUCAUAGAUGGAUGACGACGGUCUUCGGACCUCUGUCUAACUUGGUGGAAGUCGAAUUGAAUUCCAGGCGUUUCUUGUGGACGAUAAUGACCAACGGAGCGAUCGUUGUUAACACGUUUUUAAUUAUCACUGGGUUUCUUACAUACUAUAAAGUUCUGAAAGAUGUCAAUAACAAAGUGAAUUAUAACGUAUUUAAGUACAUUUACAGAAGAUGGGUCAGACUGACGCCUGCUUAUGCUUACGUAAUGGCUUUUGGUGUAUUCAUUUUUCCUCAUCUGGAACUCGGGCCGAUGGCACGCCAUGUCAUAUGGAGGAAUUAUUGCGACCAAUAUUGGUGGACGCAUAUUUUGUACGUCAACAAUUACGUUAAUACGGAUAAACAGUGUCUAAUACCUUCCUGGUACAUGGCAGUGGAUGUACAGCUCUACAUAUUCUGCUCCGUCUUGGGAUACGUGCUGUAUAAGCACAGGAACACCGGGAUUGCGAUUCUGCUCGUCUCGGCCGUCGUAGCGUUCGUCGUCCCAGGAUUGCAAGUUAUCAUUAACCGUUACGAGAGCGUAACAGUUUUUUAUGUCAGGAACUUUGAGUUCUGGUUUGGAGAUAAGCAGUUCAUUGAUACUUACAUGCACUUCGAAGCCAGAGCCCUAUCCUACAUAAUCGGGAUGUUCGGUGCCUACGUCUAUUACACGGCAAAGCCCAAGAAAAUCAAAUUUACGCAAAAGACACUCUAUUUGAUAACUGUGGUAAUGAACUUCGCCCAAACAGUAGCACUGCUGGCGCCGUGGUUCUUGUACCUGCCAGGAAAGCCGUACAGUAUAGUAGGUCACUUCAUGUACGCAGUCACACAUAAAAUCCUGUGGGGGAUACCUAUCUGUUGGUUCAUCGUCAUCAGCAGUCUGACAAACUUCCCUCCACUUAAGUUAAUCGGGACAAAACCGUUCCGUAUACUGAACCAGCUGAAUUAUAGCGCCCUUUUGGUUCAUACGCCGGUCCAGCUCUUUCUGGCAGGAAUGCAGAGGAGCCCGGCGUACUUCUCGCCUGUGCUUUCGAUCUGGAAUUUUAUCGGCGACUUGGUCUUCUCUUACCUCGUCGCGUUAUUCCUUUAUCUAUUCGUCGAAGCGCCCCUCGCCUGGUUUCAGGACUGCAAGUUCGACUGUUUUAAAACCGUCCGAUGUUGAAAACGGAAAUAUGCGAGAUAGGGAAAAAGAGCCAAAUUUUUAACCCUUUUGUGAUUCAUUUGCCCAUUGUACAUUUUGAAAGGAUUGAAUAAAAAUACAACAAUGUG